AGAGGGAGAGAGAUGGAGAGACAAGCAGCAGAUAUAUCCCAGGGUUGAAUACAGAGCAGGUAGGUAGGUAGCACAGCCUGGGUCAGAAACAGGCAGUGUGUGUGUUUAUUAAAUGGACUAUAAAAGCAUUUCCCUGAAAAUAUUCGGAUGUGUCAGAGUAUGGAUGAGAGAGCGUGUGUGUGUGUGUAUAUAUUGGGAAGGAGGCUGCAAGCUAUGCGCGCACCGGGUAUGACAUCCCUCCGCGCGCGUCCGGUCCCCCGUCCCCCCCUCCCGGAUAGUUUACCGGACCAAAGCUCGCUCGGGUUUCAUAAGAUGCGCGAGCUGCAAACUGCAGUAUAAAACCCCGGCGUCGUUGAGGCUGAGGUGAUCAACAUUCUACCGGUCGGACCGUUCAGCCGUCUCUUUACCGGAGGAGGACAGACUUCCCGACACGGGACCGGACAGUGACACACCCCGUCGCAAUGUUGAUCUUCUCAGGGUUGGUGGUGUGGGCUCUGAUGGUUACAGCUGAGAGUGGCAUUGGACCCAGCACAAACUCUAGUUUCUGCACAGAGUCGAGAGAAUGUCUGGAGUAUGAGCUAGUGUGCAAAACAGACCAAUAUGAGGUACGCCACUACGGCCCUACUCGCUGGGUGUCUACUGAUGCGGAGGCCUACUUCCUAGGUGUGGGAGCAGCCAUGGCCUUCAGACGGCUCUUCCAGUACAUCACUGGAGCCAACCACCUAGGACUCCAGAUGGAGAUGACCGCCCCGGUGCUGGUCAGGGUUCCUGAGGAGACCAGGGUCUGGGAGCCUGCCGUCUACACCCUCAACUUCCUGCUUCCAUCAGCCUAUCAGGACAACCCUCCCUCACCCACCAAUGAGAAGCUGUACUUCACAGACAUGCCAGACCUGGAUGUGUACGUGCGGGGCUACGGGGGCUGGAUGCUGUCGGUCUCCUCCAGACUCCACGCUCACCUGCUCUCUCAGCAGCUGCAGCUCCUGCAUGCGCCCUACAACCUGUCCUACCACUACGGAGUGGGCUACGACAGUCCCCUGAAGUUGCUGAACAGACACAACGAGGUGUGGUAUGUCGCAGAGGGAGAAGUCGUGUGCAACGACUCACAAGAACCAACGUCCACACACCCGCCCUCCGACACCCACUCCGACACCCCUACACACACCUCUACACACACCCCUACACACACUCCUACACACACUCCAUCACACACACCCACCGACACCACUACACACACACCGUCCCAGUCCCCGAUGCCCUCCCCCUCUCACCCACCCCCCAACCUGCCCUCCUCCCUCUCUCACCCACCCCCCAACCUGCCCUCCUCCCCCUCUCACCCACCCCCCAACCUGCCCUCCUCCCCCUCUCACCCACCCCCCAACCUGCCCUCCUCCCCCUCCCACACGCCCUCCUCCCCCUCUCACCCACCCCCCAACCUGCCCUCCUCCCCCUCUCACCCACCCCCCAACCUGCCUUCAUCCCCCUCUAACCCACCCCCCAACCUGCCCUCCUCCCCCUCCCACACGCCCUCCUCCCAGGGAGCGACACGGCUGCCUGGACCACCUCUGACCCCUGACUCCUGCACCCUGAACCCUGAACCCGGCGCUGUCUCACCUCCCACUGAGAAGCUGGAGGAAGAGGAGGAGCUGCUGGACAUGAUGCCUCCUGAUGACAUCACAACAGAGCCCCCAUCCAUCACCAUUCCACCACCUGAUGACAUCAACCCGCCUCCUGAUGACAUCACAACAGAGCCCCCAUCCAUCACCAUGCUACCACCUGAUGACAUCAGGCCGCCUCCUGAUGACAUCACAGCUGAGCCCCCAUCCAUCACCAUUCCACCACCUGAUGACAUCAUGGUGCUUCCUGAUGACAUCAUAGCAGAGCCUCCAUCGACCACCAUUCCACCACCUGAUGACAUCAGGGCGCCUCCUGAUGACAUCACAACAGAGCCCCCAUCCAUCACCAUUCCACCACCUGAUGACAUCAGGCCGCCUCCUGAUGACAUCACAACAGAGCCCCCAUCCAUCACCAUUCCACCACCUGAUGACAUCAGGGCGCCUCCUGAUGACAUCACAACAGAGCCCCCAUCCAUCACCAUGCUACCACCUGAUGACGUCAUGGUGCUUCCUGAUGACAUCACAGCUGAAUUCACAUCCACCACCAUUCCACCACCUGAUGACAUAAUGGCGCCUCCUGAUGACAUCACAGCAGAGCCCCCAUCCAUCACCAUUCCACCGCCUGAUGACAUCAUCUCCAAGCCCCCACCAGACAAGAUAGCGCUGCCUGAUGACAUCUCAGCGGAGCCUCCAGACAUCAAGGCCCCUCCUCCGGAUGCCAUCGACACCGCUGCUUCUCCUGCGCCUCCUGAUGACAUCACCACCUCACCACCGGAGGAGGAGCUACUGAAGGAGGAGGAGCUAAACUCGACGGCGCUGGACUGCACAAUCUCGCCUGAUACCAAGCCGGCACCGCCUGAUGACAUCACAGCCCCACCAGCAGACUGA